UGAUUAUCUGAAACUCAUAAUAUAUGAAUAAAAAUCGAGUUAUCGAUAAGGAGAAUAUAUCGAUAAACUAUCGAAAAAGUUUUUGAGUCUGUAACUGUCUAUAUUAUAGGAACUGGUAAAUUUCUGGAAUCAAUUUGUAAGUAUAUGUGCUUAUGCAUGCAUAUAUUCUACAAAUAACAAUAAAAGGAGGAAAUUGACAAAAUAUGUCAGAUCCAAUUGAUUAUAUUGAUUUAACAGUAGAUUCGCCAAUUGAUAAAUCUUUAAGAUUACGAAAUAGAAAUGUUCUACGAAAUAGAAAUAUAUCUAAUAAUAAUACGACUAAAACACGAAAACGCAAACCAAAAUUAACACAGCUUCAAGAUUCUAUUAUAGAAAUACAUGAGAAUACAUGUAAAGGAACAAUGGAAAUUAUAGAUUUAGACAAUAUUAAUACUACAGAGAAAAAUGAAUUAAUAUAUUAUGUUGAUGAUUCUAAUGAAGGAAAUUCAAUUGUUUUGACUUGUCCAAUAUGUUAUGAACAGUUAUCUUCUAAGAUGAAACCAACAUGUACUCCUUGUGGACAUAUAUUUUGCACACAAUGUUUAAACCUAGCUUUACGUAGAGCUAAAAAAUGUCCAAUAUGUCAAAAAAUUAUUAAACAACAAUCUUGUACUCGUAUACAUUUACUAUAGUUUUUGUUUGUCAUAUUUAUUUACUUUCAUUUUUAUAUGUAUGAUAUAAUGAACAAAUAUAAUUUGAUUUGAUUAUAUAUAUUUUAUGCAAAUAAAAUAAAUUAGUAAUAUUAUAAUAUUAACAUUCAAUAAUAAUUCUAUUGUUACUUUUAA